UAUAUCGUGAGCAAUAUACUUGGAUUUCCGGCUGGACUUUGCCCAAUCGUUGGAGUUGGUGGACAUAUAAGUGGUGGUGGCUACGGUUCACUGUUGCAAAGAUAUUGCUUGAUGGUGGAUAAUGUUCUUGAUGCUCAGAUUAUCGAUGUUAACAGCCAGGUUUUGGAUAGAAAAGAAAUGGGAGAAGAUCUGUUUGGGGCUAUUAGAGAUGGUGGUAGUGCUAGUUUUGGUGUUGUUUUUGCAUAUAGAAUCAGGUUAGUCAGAGUGCCUGAAAUUCACACUGUUUUUAAUGUGCAGAAGACUGAGGCAGAGAAUGCAACAGAUGUUCUUUACAAAUGGCAAAAUGUUGCUGACAAAAUUGACAACGAUAUGUUCAUUAGAGUUCUUGUGCAGCCAAAUACUGGAAAAGUAAAGAGUCCAAAAUCAUUAGAUUGACAUUUUUGGGACAUUUUCUUGGAGAUGCAAACAGGUUGAUUUCUGUUAUGAACAUUGGAUUUCCUUAACUGGGAUUGAAGAGAAGUGAUUGUUUGGAAACAAGUUGGAUUGACACGAUGCUCUGGUGGUAUAGCUACAAGAUUGGGACAGCAAAGGAAGUACUAUUAGGAAGGGCUUUUGAUCAAUUGAUCUUCUUGAAGAGAAAAUCAGAUUAUGUACAGAACCCAUUCCUAAAGAUGAUUAGUAUCACUAUUCAAGAAAAUGGUUCAACUUGGAAAAACAAGACUUGUUUUCAAUUCUUAUGGUGGAAGAAUGAGUGAAAUUCCUGAGAAUGAAACACCAUUUCCUCAUAGGGCGGGGAUCAUCUUCAACCUGCCAGAUUGGUGAAAGUGAAGGCUACCGUGGAUCCACAAGAUUUCUUCAGGAAUGAACAGAGCAUCCCCACUUUGAACCUUCAAACCUCUAAAGGGAGGAAGGGACGAAAGUAAAGAGCAACAAAUGAUAAUUGCUCAUAUAGUAACGAUUAUCAAGUAGCAGAGGUGCCUUGUCCUAUUAAUGGCUUUAGCAUAAAAUGUAAUGUUAAUGAAUGGAUAGA